AUGGGUUCUGAGUUGCAGCCUGAGCUUCCUGUUAUUGAUUUCUCCAGUGAAAAUUUGAAGCCUGGUACAAGAUCUUGGGUGUCAGCAUGCAAGGAAGUUCAACGAGCACUUGAAGACUAUGGCUGCUUUGUCCUAGUCUGCAAUAAACUUCCCUCACAACUUCGCAAUGAAGUCUUUGGGGCGCUGGAAGAGUUGUUUGAUCUCCCCACUGAAACCAAAAUGAGAAACAAACAUGAAAAGCCCUUGAAUGGGUAUGUCGGACAAAUUCCAAAGCUUCCUCUCCAUGAAAGCAUGGGCAUUGACAACGCAACAACGCUAGAGGGAACUCAGACUUUCACAAAUCUAAUGUGGCCUAAUGGAAAUGAUCAUGUCUGUGGACGUCUGCAUUCGUAUGCAAUGGUAGCAGAGGAAGUAGACCAGAUGGUGACGAGAAUGAUACAUGAAAGCUAUGGUGUAGAGAAGUACUACGAUUCUCACGUAGGGUCGACAACUUAUCUUCUUCGAGUGCUGAAGAAUAGAGUACCCCAUGAGAAUGAGCCUAAUCUUGCCUUUGUUACUCAUACUGACAAGAGCUUCACAACCAUUCUUCACCAAAAUCAAGUUGAUGGUUUGGAGGUGGAGACAAAGGACGGUAACUGGAUUAGUGUCAACUUCUCCCCAUCUUCCUUUGUAGUAAUGGCAGGCGAUGCUCUAAUGGCAUGGAGCAAUGAUAGAAUUCUUUCUCCGAAUCACCGAGUAAUCAUGACUGGGAAGGAGACAAGGUACUCCCUUGGACUGUUUUCAUUCAGCAAUGGGAUUGUGGAAGUACCAAAGGAGCUUGUUGAUGAAGAACACCCCUUGCAGUAUAAGCCAUUUGAUCAUAUUGGAUUACUGCAUUUCUAUCGCACAGAUGAGGGUUAUAAAUCCAAAUGCCCUAUCAAAGCCUAUUGUGGUGUUUGA